AUGGAGCGGGCGUUCAAGGAGAAUACGCAGGAAGGAAGAAAUGAAGAAGAGGAGCAUCUUCGAAAAAUUGAAGAACUUGAAGAAACUGCGGCCAAAAAAGACGCCGAACUUACGCAACUUCGCUCAGACUUCACCCAAUUAAAGGAGUCUGCGCAAACAAGUCAGAAUUCUGCGUGCAUUGGAGAUCAAAAUGAAAUCGAAUCGCUCAGAAAAGAAUGCGACGCUGCAAAGAAGAAGGGCAAAGAUACAAUUGACAAGUAUUUAGCAGAGUGUAACAGACUCAAAGCCAUAGUGAAUGAACAACAAGUAAUUAUCCACAAGGCGCAAGAUGUAAAGAAAAUUGAAGAAGCGAUGGAAACUUUGCGAAUCGAGUUAGCACAAAAGAACAUGCAGAUUCAGUCAUUACAGUAUGACUUGUACAAACUGAAAGAAAAAUACCACAAUGAGACCAAGUCACUAAGGAGUGAAGUGGAACGGGGAAGGGAAAAAGUUGGAUCUCUGAAAGUGGAGAUAAGGAGGUUGAAGGAACCUGAGACAGAUGACACCAUUAGUAUAAUGAGGGAAGCUCUUAUUACAAUACAUCGUAACUUACUCACGAGCUUUCAAAG